AAAUUUUGUGAGUCCCGAUGCAAUAAAAUUCAACAUGGCAUCCCAACGGUGCGUUGCAGACGAGCUUCUUCUGGAUUUGCGAAUCCCAUUCGAGUUGUUGACUGUUUUGAUAGCAGAACGCGGAAUCGAUGAGUUUGAUUUGCUGACCAUUACCUCCGAACGGCUGGCCGAAGAAUUAAAGAACAUCAGCGGGAACUGGAAUGUUUUGGAAAUUUAUCAACAAAUUUCAUCCUGGAGAGAUCGGAAUAAACUAGCAGUACUUGGGUUGCUCCGAGCACAGCAAAUAGAAAUUCAAGGUGAACUUAAGGUGGUUAUACAACAAAUGCCGACCGUGGUGCCAACUGUGUCUGAUCCGGUCCCAUCGAACGAAACCAUCUCUUUGGGGGCUAUAGCUGGCGUUGCUCAAGCAACUGUACAGAAGGACGGGAGUUUGAUUCCAACAGCAUCCGAAGUGUCGAUAGACAUAUGUCCUGUAGAUAUUGUGAAACCAAUAAGUGUGUCUACUGAAUUACAUUUAUCUGGAGCCGUCGAAUGUGUCCUUCCCUCCAUUGAGGAUUUUCCUAUUGCGGAACCGAACAAUAUAGAACUUCUGACGGAAGCCGACGUAGCGCAAACAGAAACAUCUACUGGACAACAUGCGGAAAGCAUUACAGUCGAAUUGGCAGCAGUAAGUGCUUCAAAUCCAACUGAAUCAAAUUUCCCCGAUGGAAUAAAGAACAGCUCUGAGCCAAUCGAGGUUUUGUCUGUGCCAGAACAGGGUCGCAAACCUGUUUUGAAGGAUUCAAAUAAUGUGUCAGAAGUUCUAUACGUUUCUGAGUGCAGCAACCGUGAUGCUGAUCGAGUAGCUGGUUUGAAUGCAGGAAGGGAAAAUUUUUCACCGAAGUUUUUGAAAGACCUAUUACUAUCUACGGAAGAGGGAAAGGACAUCAUACGGCGAGCGGCACUGAGUGAGCUAUCAGACGCGAAACAGUUACGCCUCGCUCAUAUCAUAGCGGACUACCAUUUGAAAACUCAUCAAAAGGUGAAAACCGAGGAUCUUGAAAAUUAUUCUUCCUGCAUCAUAACUUUGUUUGAAUCCGAGCGAAAAGAAAACUACUACAUUCCACGAGGUGGUGAUCGCAAGAACAGCGGAGGGAAAAUUUUCAACAAAAUUAACAACCUUAAACAGAAAAAAAGGAAAGAAGAGUUUAACGAAAAACGACACCUGAAAGUUUUGAGAAUUGACGCUGAAGAAGAUUUCAAACCAACUGAAGAGGCGCUUUCAGCUGAAGAGUGGUUAUCACUUAACAAUGAACCGUGGUCCGUAGUUUUGGAAAAAUGGGUCACGAGCGCAGAUACACGUAAAAAGUAUCUGCAGUCACAACAGUCGAUCCCCAAACUAUUUUCUUUGUAUCCCCACUACAAAAAUCAGCAUGGUCAUCAACUGCGUAGAGUAGUAAAGGACAGUAAAAUAGUUCACAAUUAUUUUCCAAAUGUAAAUGUGCACAAUAACUUACUCGAGAGGCAAACGGGCGAGAGAACAUCCAGCGAAGACGAACAACAUCCGAUGGCGAAGGAAGACAACAGUGCAUCGAGAAAAACAUACCAGAGUUAA